CAUUGAUAAUAAUACGAUUUUUUCAAUUUUAGAGCCGGUUUCCUUAAAAAAUGACAAAACCUCAUAAACUCAAUUUUAGAGAUGUAGACGCGGUGUUACAAUACAUUAGAAACUUCCUUUUAGGAAGGAAAUAUACUCUACACAAUCGAUUUAUGCCGUUCAUAUCUUCGCGAACAAUCCCACCACCUGAUAUACCUCGCAGCCCAGAACUCAAGUUGGCAAAUAAUUAUUAUCACAAGCGGUCUGCCUACGAUUCUGUAUGGCCACCCAUCGUUGCACCAGUGGCCGAAGGUCCAGCUAUUGCACAAGAUCCAAAAACGCGCGGUAGCGAACCAGGAGGAUUAAAUCCUAAUCAGGUAUGUUUCGUGUGCCCCCCGACACCAGGCCCUCCGUGGUGGUGGGACGGCCACUGUUACUAUGAGUAUCGCUAUGGUAAACCAAAAUACCCUUGUGCAAACGAGCCAUUCCAACCGCAACCUUGCCCUGCCCCGGAAAAUACAUGCGCUCCAUGUCCACCUGGGUGUUAACAGUAGCGCUUAAGCAACACCAGGUUUGCAAUUGAAAAUACUUAAGAUACAUAUUCAGAAUAUUAUUCUGUAUUUGGUUCCAAAUUCCGUAAGAAAUGACAAUGAUAUUGACACAGAAGUUUCCACGAGAUCCAACCCCAUAACGCCUGCGUACAAUACAGGAAACUUUCGAAGAGCCCACAUUGUCAAAUACUUCCCGGUAGCUCGAAAACUUAGAUGCCACGUGGCUAUAAGAGGCCAUUGUUACAGCGACCACCAUGAUUGUUGCAGAGUUUUAAGAACUUUUGUUAUCUUGAAUAGGCUGUGAAGAUAUUCAAGUAAUUCUUAGCUCAUAAAUGCUUAAUAACUGCCUUGUGGCCGAACAGUUACCAUGCUGGUCUGUCACGCAGAGGUCUCGUGUUCGAUUCCCGGGCCGGGUGAAAUAUUUGUGUGGAGAAAUAUUUAUUUAUUCUCUCGUCUCACACGUGUUUGAGUGUAAAUUUUGGUUGUCUUUGUGUAUGUCCAUAGUACCCACGAUGCAGGGUUGCCCUAGUGCGGGGCAAUGAGUAUGUACGUUAAAAAAAAGUUAAUUGUUGAACGUAACUUUUAAAAAACAUUGAAUAAAAAAUAUAAACGACUGUAAUUACAGUACAGCUAGGUGAAAUUAUCUAAAUUCCU